UCAAUAUUGGACACUUGUCGGAGACACCACAGCUCGAAGUGUCCGUGUCCACUUCAGCUCAAUGCCAAAGCCAGGCGGCAUUGAUUCGAGCAGAAGCAGCAGCAGCAGAACUAGGUCUAGGGGCCAUUGUUUGGGUUAUGCACAGCCGAGCCGAGCCGACCUUGCCAGGCACAUAUAGAUGACAAAAGAGGUAAAUUGGCAGACAGCAGUUGAAAGUGGACAAGCCGAAAGGCGUAACGAUUUAUUUGCAAAAAGUCGCUGGGCUGGAGGAGACGACGACAACUUGGACAGAAUGUCGCUGCAAUUGCAAAUUGAGAAGCUCAAAGGUCUGGACAAUUACAAAGCGUGGUCGAUGACAGUGCGCGCCUAUCUGGAGUCCGAGGAUCUGUGGAGCGUCGUCGAGAAUGGACCCGAGAAUAACGAAGAGUCCCUGCUGAAGGAUAAGCGUGCCAAGUUCCUGAUACUCUGUCUGAUUGAAACGAAGCUGUGCCAGUUUAUGGUCAGCAUACGCACCGCCAGGGAUCUGUGGAACUAUCUGCGCACCCAGCAUUCGCUGCGCUGAGGCCAUUUCC